AUGAUGAGAAAUAGUUAGAGCUUAAAAAUGAAGGGCGAGAAAUUACCACACUUUUUUAUCAAUAUUUAAUUUUAGUUUAUGUAAUUUUUAGUGCUUAUCUUCUUAACAAGUAUUUUAAUCAAUGAAGUCUAAGGAGGUUGGAUAAUACAAUACAAUGGAAUACAUGAAUUUAAAACAAUUACAUGUACUUCAUUAGGUUGUUUAUAUGGAUUUAAGAAUUAAACAAGCACAGGACCAGCCUUAUAUUUAAAUUGUUUAACAAGUCCACUCACUGCUUUAAUGCUAGAUAAUAACUAAUUAACUUCAAUAGAAAAUACUGCAUCUUUAACACCAACAUAAUCAAACGCUUAUAAAUUAUUCAUGUUUGAUGUAUACUAUACAAGUCAAUGGGUAGAUGAUGUCAUAGAUUUUGAGUUUAAUAAUUAAAUUUUUUAAAUUAGACAUUCAACUUCAGAUCCAUUGCCUCAAACAAAUGGAUUUUGUGAUUCAAUUUAAUAUGAAGUUAGAACAUAUAACUUUACAUUACCUUAUAGUUCAAAUAAUUAUUAAUUUCCAAAAUUUACAAUAUAUAAUCCAUCAAUUAGUGCAAUGAUCAGAAAUGUGCAUAUGUCAUUUCAAAAUUGUUAUCCUGGUUGUACUUAAUGCACAGGUCCAGAUAAAAACUAAUGUACAUUAUGUUCUGGAAGUUUGGUUAUAAAUAAUGGAGUAUGUAGAUGUCCAAUAAGAACAAGUGUUAUGUAAGCAUAUGGAUGUGUAAAUAAAUGUUAUUUAACAGGAUCUAAAUUAAAAUCAUAAAAUAGAAUUUGUUUAGAUUUUGCACCAACAACCCUUAUCUACUCUAAUUUAGUUGGAAUUAAUUUAGAAACUUGGUAUAAUUGGAAUAUAAUUUAUGAUCCUAAGCAUUUAGAUAUAAUUGAUAAAAAACUCUCUCCAUAUAAUUUUGGACUCUUUAGAUUUCGAGAAGGAGCCUAUACAUCUAUUAGCACUAUAUAUGCAAUAUACCCUUUAGUAACAAUAGUUUAAUUUGUAUUUUGUAAUGCAACUCCAAUAAAUACAGGAGUUCAAUUUUAUGUCAAUUAAACAUAUAUAGGAUCUGUAUAUUUUGAUGGAACUCAAUAUAUAUAUGAUAAAGUAGAAUUGAGAUCAUAAUAAGUGUAUCCAAUAACUGGAUAAUGCAUAAAUAAUAUGUUUAUCUCUGUUGAGAUAUUUACAACUAUGAUUGAAUAAAAGUUAACAUUUUCUUUAUAAGGGAAUUUUACGUAAAAUUCAAGAAUAAUUUAGUUCAUCAGGAGCUGGGUGGUUUGUAAGAUUGGUUUAAAUUACAACAGGUUAUUGUCCAUAUACAUGUCUGAAAUGUGA